AUUACAAAUAAAAAACGACCCCUCUUUUGACACAAAUCGGCAGUUUUUGCAAUUGCCACAAUCGCUAGUUUUUUUUCCCAAUUAGACAAUUUGUGACCUAAGGCGCACAUUAACUUUUUUUUCCAAUUUUUUAUCGCGUAACCGUAGACACAUAUGUCAUCGGUGUGGAUAGGUUAUGCUUCAUGUCAUUGAAAAAGCAAGAUGAUCACGUCCCGGCUCGUUAACCCAGUAUGUAGGUGCCGGUUAUUGCUGUUUUACAACCCCAUAUCCAACCAAAUCAAGCGCGGCAAAAGCCGACAGGCCCUCAGCAAAACAGUGAGGAGCGAGGUUGAUACUAAUGUAAAACUAGGCGAAAAAGUGAAAGAAACGACAAAGACUGCUUCCUAUUUAGGCAUAAUCUUGCUGGGCGUGGGGGUGACAGGCUCACUGUUUUAUGCAGUUUUCAAUGAGUUGUUCUCGAGUAAAAGCCCCAAUAAUGUGUAUUCUAAGGCAGUUGAGAGGUGUAAGGCUGAUCCCCGAAUCCAGGAUAAACUCGGACUUCCGAUUACGGCCUUUGGGGCCGAAACAACGAGGAGGAGACGACAACAUGUCAGUCAUGUGAUUUAUAACAGAGAUGGAAGGCAGUGUUUGAGGAUGAAGUUUUAUUUAAAAGGGAGUUUCCACCAAGGGACUGUGCAACUGGAGAUGGUGGAGAAUGAUUCGGGGAAAUAUGAAUAUCGGUACUUAUUUGUUCAAGUGGACGAUCUCCUACAAACAGCAAUUGUUCUGGAAGACAACAGGAACGCAGUUUCGUCUUCUAGUUCGUCUUCAGAGCCACUAGACUUGACGUUGUAAAUAAAACGAUGAUAAUAAAGUUUGUUAAAUUUU